AUGGAUACGAAACAACGAUUCAUGAAUCUCCUUAAUAUAUUAUCAUUUAAAGCUACUCGUUUACUAAUUGCUUUUGAAUAUGCAAUGCCAUCAUAUUUAAAACCGAAAAAAACAUCAUCUGUAACAACUGCGCGAAAUCAAUUUGCACGUGAAUUAAUUCAGCACGAACUUCAAGAAACAUAUUCAUUCGACCAGAUACUUCAUUGUAGAAAUAUUAUUAAUGCUAAUACAACAAGUAAAAUGGAAAUGGGAAUUAAUAUUGACUUGCAAGAUAUAAUUAAUCGUUUUAAAAUCAAUCACCCCCAUCAUCCAUAUAUACAAGAUUUAAAUACAAUUUCAUUAGUACCAUUUCGUACAACGUGUAACAAUAUAUUAGGUGAUAUUGAAUGUGGUAAUCAAUUAAAAAUCGAAUUUCAUAUGACAGGUUUUAUUCUUUAUCCAACAUCAAUUCAACCGUGUACAUUAUAUAGUGGUGAAUGUGGUAGUUGUAAUAGAAGUUAUCGUAUAUCUUGUAAUGGUGCCGGUACAUCUUUAUUAUCAAAAGUUGCACGUCUUCAUCCUGAAUUUAAUAAAAAAUUUGAUUCGGGACAAAUAAUUCGUUCUUUGGAAGCUCAUUGGAUUUACUUCGAGCUUUUUAAUUUUAUCUUUAUGACAAGUUCAGAAAAAGAAAUUCUUGCUCCACGUGCACUUUUUGCUGGUCGAAAUAUUCAAGCUGGUGGUAUAAUAAAUGCUAAAGCACAAUUUCUUGAAGAACGUUUAGAUUGGAUAUACAACCUAUUCAGUAUCUUUUGGUCACAUCACAAUCUCAUUCCUGAAUGUGUUUGUGAUAAAUCAAUUUGUUCACGAGUAUUAGUUCUCGAUGGCCAUCAAAAGCCCCGUCGCACAGUAUGUCGUUUUGAUAAUGUAACAUCACUUGUGAACCAAGAAGAAUUAGGGCCCUGCAAUCGUGGUUGUCCUUAUCAGCCCAAGCGGCGUACACCCGAUAAAAAAAACAAGAAUAAACUCUCUCCAUUUUAUUGCUAUUUUCAUCAAAAUUUAGAAGAAACAAUGUCUUUAUCAACAAAGGAACACAAUCAACGUGAACAAGCAUGGUAUAAUGAAUUAAAAUCUAUUCAAAAACAAAAUAUUUUGAACAAUAAUACAACACAUGAAUCAUGUAAUGUAGUUAGAUCAGAAGAAGUUGGUAAAGAUGAAGAAAAACGUCGAAGUAUGGGUUUUCUCGCUUCAUUUUUAUCAUGUGGAGUCAUCAUAGGGUUUACGGAAUCAAUCAACCAUGAAGGGGUCCGCAUGGUUACUGAUCAUCUUUUAACCAUGAUCAAAAUGGGUACAAAGUUACCUAAUGCUAUGAUUUAUGAUGCUGCAUGUAAUUUAAAAUUAUUCUGGAAUAAGCAAUACCGUGGAGUCCACUUGAAAGAAACUCCCUCAAGCACAAUUUUGUUCAAUAUGCGGGUAGUCGUGGACAGAUUUCAUCAUAAGAAUCAUGUACAUAGCAUAUGCAAGACAAUUACUAAUCCUGAUUGCGCAUUAAAUGGAAAUGAUGAAGUUUAUCGUGGUAUCAAUACAAGCAUUGCCGAGCAAUCUUUCAGAUAUUUAAGUGAAUUUAAAUUGUCAUUACGUCGAUUGGCAUAUCCAACAUCAACAGUUUUCAGUAUUUUAUUACUUCAUUUAUGGAAUUGUCGUCGUAUUCAAAUUUCACCAGAUUCUUUCGGUUUAGGUACCAAAUAUAUGUCUGAUAAAAUUAAACCAUUAUUUCUUACAUAUUGUAUAUUUGAAACUGCACAAUUAUAUCAAAAAAAAACAGAAAUAGAAUCAUUCAAUUUAACCCAUGUACAAGAUGAUGAUGUUGAUGAUGAUGGAAAGAUUAAUAUAGAUACAAGUGAUAAUACUGUUGAACAAUUAAAUUAUGAUUGUUAUGUUAACUUGGAGCAAUAUACUUGGGAUUCGGAUGAAUCAGGUGAUGAUCAUAAAGAUUAG